AUGCGUAUUAGGACUCUGAUGACCGGAAUGGCGGCCAUGGACCUGGAUCAGGGGCGUCUGACGGCGACCACGGUGGGGCAGAUUGUAGGAUUGCAGUCCGAUGAGAUCAAACAGAUGGUGUCGGCAUACGCGGAGAAGCAAUCGGAGCUCAGCGCUGAGGAGAGACCUGAGAACAUGGGAGCCGCUCAGCAACACCGCAGGAAGGUGACCGCUCUGAACAAGCAGAUCACCCAGAGGAGUAAAACCCUGGAGCAGGUAACUGGCCCUGGCCUGGUGGAAUGGGGUGGAGCCUGGACCUGGGCUG